UCGUCCAGGACCCGGGCCGACGCAUGCGCGGUGCUGGACGUUGGAUUUAAAAUUUUCGCCGCCGAGUGUUGAGAGGAACUUCCUGAAUUGUCUUCGUUUAUCGCAUAUUACAGUAACGAUGGCUGAUCCUUUUGUUCAGAGGAUGAUGGCAAGAAGCCAAGCUCGUCGAGCAGGUAUUGGAAAAACUGCAGGUAAUCUGAACAACAAGGAGAACGCUAGUAUUUCAGAUGACACCCGCUCUCGGCUGAAGCAAAUCAACUCAAUAUAUUCAGAUGACACAAAAGCUGCUGCUCCUCUGAGAAUGAGUAAUGGUGAUCCUGCAGACUCAAGCAAUGCCCUGCCUUCAGUGUCAACAAAAAUUGAUAAGAGUCCAAACAAAGUAAACUCAAUGUGUGUAACAGACUUUGCACUGAGUGAGGGCUCACAGCUUAAGGUCACCUCAGCCACAGCUGUUGUGGAUGAGGGCUCCACCUCUCCUCGCAAAUCUCGUCUAAAUGUUCUAGCUCGGAGGUGCCAGGAGAUGAGGGAAUGGGAUGAUGACUACGCUUAUCAUUCCAACAAUCAUGGCUCUCAGGUAGAAGUAGGGGGUAGCUCAGCCUUUGGUAUGAAUGGCUCAUCCAAAAACUUAAAUGUUUCUAAACUUAGUACAAAAAUAACUCCACAUAACUCUUCUGUGUUAAAAGUAGAUGGCAGAACAGCUAUAAAGACUAACGGUUCUUUAAGCCCACGUCACUCUCCAACUUCACUAAACAUUGGAAUUACUACUCCAAAGUAUUAUUUUGGUGAAGUACCUUCUAGUAUGGAUUGUAGUGACAGUGGUGGUAGUGAGUCUCCAGCUCUUUCUUCUAACAUUAGCAUGGCAACAUCUUACAACACCCCUACCUCCUCUUCCUCCACCUCCUCCUACUCUUCUGCCCAUCAGUUCAUAUAUCCUUCAAAGUUGGAGAUGCCAAGAAACAAGACAGCUUUGCAUCAGACUGAGAGCCCUUCCUCACCCACAAAAAAGCUUGUCUGGGACCGAGGCAUGCUUAAUUCAUUGAUAUAUUUUAAUGACGAUUUACAAGAAGAGUUGGAGGCUCAGGGUUUUACUCCUACCGAUUCCCGAUCGAGGCUCUACUAUGACUUCAAGAGAGAACGUCAACAACAACAAAAACCACCCCGUGAAUCUAGUCCAACCAAAUCAACAAUCCAAGCUGAGGAGAAAAUCCAACCACCUGUAAGUCCUUCUAAGGUGAGAGGCAUGAGUCUAGCAGAAUUUGUUAGAAGUACCAGUCCAGAUAAGAUGAAAAGUACAACAAAAGCGAAACAAAUUGCUAGCUCUAGUUUCUUGCCUUCAUCACAACCAUCUAAUGCCAGCUUACUGCCACUACCUGCUACCAGCUUAUCAACACCACCACCUGUUGCCAGCAUACCACCACCGCCACCACCUGUUGCCAGCUUGCCGCCUCCAACCCCACCUAAUGCCAGCUUACCGUCACAACCCCCUCCUCCGCCUGUUGUUGUGUCCUGUCUUCCUAAAAGUCCAUGUGGGAGUCCUACCCGUCAGUUUACACGAGUACCCAGUCCUGAACCCCAACCUAUAAAGGAACGUGCCCGAGACACCAGUCCAUCUAAAGUUGGGGAAAUGCGCAGCCGUUGGGAGCAGCACAUCCGUCAGGCGUCUCCAGAACGGUCAGAUCGUUCACGUAGCCCCAAGAAGUCGGUUCCACGGUGUGUGAGCCCCAAGAAGAUUCCUGCUGUACAUAGUGCUAGCCAUAUUAAUAACACAAGCCCAAAGAAGAAUGAAGGUCCCUCUACAUCCCACAGUCCAGUGAGGAAUUGUAGUCCUGUUCGCUCACGGAGUCCCCACAAGUAUCAACCACAAAGCCAGGGUGGAUUGAGUCGGUGUGGCCCUGAACGCAAAAGCUGGCGGGACUUGAGCCCCCACAAACCUCAGCCUGUGGGUAAGGUGGUGAAGGGGGAGACUGCUGUGCCUGAUGCUGCCCCACUCGUUGAUCAGCCUUUCAUGUCAUCUGUUAGAGAAAGAGCCGCUGCUUUUGAUAAUGCAGGUGGACGUGAGCUGGCAAAGGAUCCAGCAGAAAUGAGUGUGCAGGAACGUUUAGCAUUGUUUAGCAAAAAACAGGGUGCAGCACUGGUCCCAAAAGCACCUUUUGGUCAACCUGUCUCGGCAAAGGCGCUUCAUGGUGAUGUAGCAAGUGUGUCUAGAGAAACAUCCAGUAAGCCCACAGUAGCUCACUCACAGCCAGUCCAUAAGCCAUCAAAGAGACUAGCUUCUGAACCAUCCCCAGUCUUUGCUGCCCAAAAGCUGCAGCAGAUACAAAGAGGACACCGGUCACCGUCGCCAGAAAGAAAUCAGCCAAACUCUUAUGAAUCACAGAAAAAUACUUUUGAGAACAUAAAAGAUAACUGGCGUGAUAAUGAAAUAAACAGUAAGAUCCAAUCAGAACGACAGAAGGAGAUGGACCUGUUGUUAAAUAGAUUCAAGAAACCCAGACAAAACACUACAGCACCAAAGAGUACACUGGCCGAAAUACCAAAGUAUGCAGUAGAGUCAGAGUCUGAGUACUUGGAGAGUGAUGAAUCAUAUGCCGAAUCAACUUGCUCCGAGGACAUGCUUGGUCGAGAAGACGUGUCGGGACCUCCCAAGCCUCCACGACUCUUCCUAGAGUCUUCAUCAGUACCAGUGGGUUGCGAGUCAUCUCCGCCUCCACCACCUCCUCCUACCUUCCAGAAAUCACCCAGUCAUCGGUCCAUGUCCUCUCAUAGUAGACUUAACUCAACUGAAAUAGGAGAAGUCCGUGUGUCUCCCAAGAAAACAUUUAUAACCAAAGUGAAGCCUGGUUGUAUCUACCCAUCACUCUCUGACAUUGAGUCUCACUCUGAAGCUCCUGAAAGCCAAGAUGAGGAGGAUGUACGAGACUCAAGUUUUUCUGAGAGUGUAUUAACUUGUGCAUCAAUGGAGAGUCUAGGACAUAAAAUACAGCAGGCAGCCUCUGCUAAUGUGAACAAACCCCUGUCCAUGAUUGCUGAGACUACGGAGUCGUCCCGAUGUGAUUUAAACGUUAUGUCAGAGAGUACAAUGGACGCUCUUGGUGCUAUUGAUGACGCCAUUGAUGAAGCUCUGAAUGAUGAACCAACGCCACCCAAGAGAUUCCGUUCUCAAGAUGACACUCCUUCAAGUGUUUACAAGACUCCAAAGAUUAACAGGAACUCCCCCACCUAUGAUGAAGAGGACCAGGAGAACCCCCUCAUUCACAGCAUCUCCAUGUAUCGCAAACAAAGACCGGAAGUGACCUACACUCCAGUGCGCCAGAUUGUUCGUCGACCAGACUUGCGCUCUCCAACUCCCGAGCCUGUCAGCCCAUCUGUCACUGUCAGUGCUCGCAUCAAGGAAUUACAGGAAGAUGUGUCGGAGCAGCAGCGGGUAAUUGCCCAAGCCUCCAAUGCUGUUACUGUAGUGCUCCAGCGUCUUGAACAACAGGGAACUCCACAGCAUGUGGAAGCUGAGAAGCUGUUGCUGCUUGCCAGUCAGAAGAGACAAACAGCACUGAAUGAAAUUCAGAGAAUAAAGGCUGAGGGAGCCCUGGGGCAACAGGGGUCUGGUGAUGAGGACACCUGCAUGGGCUCCAUUAGUAUCAGCAAUGUAUCUGUUCCUCUUAAACAGGACUUCCUCCAGAAAGGAAUGACUGGUGAUGAUUUGUACCAUUUGAUGGUUCUGGUGAAGCACCGUGAGCAGGUGAUAUCCUCCCAGCUGCUGACAACACCCGAGUGUGUGGUGGAGGGAUCAGUCACCUUCCCCAACCUCAUGGCCCUCCAUCACCUCACAUCUGACUUCAACAUCACCCUUGAGGUGUAUGCGUUAUGUACUCACCAGCAACGACAUCAAAACAUAAAAAAGGAGCAGAGUCGUAUGAAGCUGACUCCCCUCAAGAGGUUACAGAAGCAUGAUUCUCGUGUGGCGUCUCCAUCAGUUCAGUCUCCUGGUGGACCUUAUGCUGUUCGCACCUCAGCCUUUCAACUGGUUGGGUUCACUCACCUCAAUAUUGCUACCCUUACCCGGAAUGCUUGGACUCUUGAAAAGGUACCUUUCUCCUCACCCCUUGAUGGCCACCUUCUGAUGCGUGUGAGCUGCAGCUUUGAGGGAGGGAUCACAGAGCGUGGCUUCCUUACCAUGUUUGAGGAUGUGGGCGGGUUUGGAGCUUGGAACCGGCGAUGGUGCGUCCUGAGUGGAAUGCAUCUUCGCUAUUGGCGGUAUCCUGAUGACGAAAUCAAAAGGGAAGCAAGUGGACAGAUUGAUUUACGGUCAUGCACCACCCGGCGCGUUGAACUUGUUGCCAGGGACAUCUGUGCUCGACAGCAUACAUUCCAGCUCACCUGCUUACGGCCAGCACAUGCCAGAGAUGUUACAAAUCUUGUGCAAGAAGUUCAGGGUUCCUCUUUAGUCACUAAGCAUUUGUUGUCCUCUGACAGUAAAGAGGAGAGAAUAAUAUGGUGCAACAAGCUGAACAAGUCACUGGCAAACAUCAGAGCCUGGGACCCUGAUGCACUGCGGCCAGAAGACUAUCAAGUUUAGUCAGAUACGUCUUCACAAAUAUAUAUACAAAUAUAGUUUUAUAUCAGUUGGUAAAGUCAUCAAAGUCAAACUUUCUGCAUCUUUUAUGGACUCAUUGGUCUUUGAUUAAGAUUGAAUAGCUGUUUCGUAACCUGUGUGUCAUGACAAAAGUACACUAGUUUUAAAUAUUGAUUAAAUGUGUAUGUAUUUUUAUAUGUUCAGAGUGUAGUGUUAUAGUGAUAAGAUUCCCUCUAAUUCUCAUAACCAUUUUUGCUUUGUUAACAUUCCCUUGAUUAGGAUGACUUUUUAUUAUGUAGUUCAUAUUUUAAAUUCAAUUUAAUAAAGGGUGAACUAACAUUACCUCGUAUAUAUUGUUGUAAAUAUUGGGUUGGGUUGUUAGAAAUAUGAUAUAAACAUGAAGUAGAGGUGUGCCAAUGUUCUUCAUAUCCACAGAUGAAUUUUGUUGUUUAGGUUUUAACUCGAGGUUCUUCUCAUGUGAAGAAUAGUCAGAUAUAUUGAAGGAAUGCUAUACCAAAACUAACUUUAUAUGAUAGUACUGUACUUAUUAGUCACAAACUGGCUAGUUGUGGCCACUUAUAGAUUAAGGUAAAGAACAUAUUUAUCCUUUUAUUUACUUGUUUGUUCUACAAUGACUAAACUCCUAACUUUUGAGAAUGGCCAAGAGAAUACUUGAGGAUAUAUUUUUUUAAGUUUUGGAGUGGACUUCUGUUACUAUCAUUUCUUCUUUAUUUAGUUAUUUACAUUUCUCUGUUGCUUAUAUUAUGGUAUAUUAGAUAUAUCCUUAUUACACACUAUAGCCUUCAAUAAUCUUUCUUAUUUUAAUAAAAAUAAUUACAGUA